ACCCAUACACCCUAAAGCAGAAAAAAACGUGAACUCCAGAAGAAGAAGAAAAAAUGAGCUGCAAUGGCUGCAGAGUAUUACGAAGAAGAUGCAGUGAUAAUUGUACCUUAAGGUCUUGUUUGGAUGGAAUUGAUGAUCCUCAAGCACAGGGUAACGCUACUCUCUUCGUCUCCAAGUUUUUUGGCCGUAGCGAUCUCAUGUCCUUAAUCGCCGCUGUUCCCCAAAAUCGAAGACCUGAUUUGUUUAAAUCGCUGUUGUUCGAAGCGUGCGGGAGGACGGUGAAUCCGGUGACCGGUGCGGUAGGUCUUUUAUCGACGGGAAAUUGGCACGUGUGUCAAAAGGCGGUGCAGACGGUUCUCGCUGGUGGAAAUCUACGGCCGGUUUUCGCCGGGAUUUCAACUCCGCCUUGGUUCGAUGAUUCCUUCAGUUGCGGCGGCGCGUGGGAUAUGCCAAACCAGUUCUCUAACAAAUCCGAAUCUACGUUCAUAGACGGAUCGGAUCAAAUCGAGGGAAUGGAGUGGAUAAGUUCGGAGAAGAGAUGGAAUACGUCGUCGUCUUUUGGUUCGGAGACUGAGUUAUCGGAUGUAUCGCUGGGUUUGGAUAGUGGAUAUGGAUAUGCAGAGGGUGUGAAAGGGGAAGAACCGAAACUUCUGAAUCUCUUCGUUUGAAUUUUGUUGUUUGCCAUCGCAACUGAGUAAGAAAGUAGAAAUAUAUACUUAAUAU